AUGGCUGACCUUGCAAGCCGGAUCACGAAGCCAGCGGAUGAUGCUGCGCCUGCACCCGAGACGCCUGCAGCAGCCGACACCGCUGCUGCUGAAACCCCCGUUGGCGAUGCUCAGAAUGAUGGCGCUGUCGAGAGCCUUGGCGGCUCAGGACUCCAGGAGCCUGGUUACGAAGUUGAGAUCACUCUGAGCGAUCUUCAGCAAAACGAAGCCACCCCGUUCCACUCCGCCACGACUUGGGAAGAUAUCGGCCUGCGCGAAGAGCUUCACAAGGGCCUCUUGGCACUGAACUUCCUGAAGCCUUCCAAGGUCCAAGGCAAAUCGCUCCCUCUCAUGCUGAGCGACCCCCCUACAAACAUGCUGGCACAGUCGCAAUCUGGAACUGGAAAGACGGCUGCUUUCGUCACCGCGAUAUUGUCGCGUGUUGAUUUCAGCAACCCUGAUCAACCCCAGGCUUUAGCUCUGGCACCCAGCCGUGAGCUUGCUCGUCAGAUUGAAGAGGUUAUCCGAGCCAUCGGACAUUUCAUCCAGAACUUGAAGAUUGCACCCGCUGUUCCUGGUGCUCUUCCUCGCGGUGAACCGGUUCGUUCUGCUGUUGUCGUGGGCACACCAGGAACUGUCAUGGACAUCAUUCGCCGAAGGCAAUUGGAUGUCUCACAGUUGAAGGUCCUUGUUCUCGAUGAAGCAGAUAACAUGCUGGACCAGCAAGGUCUCGGCGACCAAUGCAUGAGGGUCAAGGGCAUGCUGCCCAAAACCAUCCAGACUCUUCUCUUCUCCGCUACAUUCCCUGAGAAGGUUCUUCAAUACGCAAACAAGUUCGCGCCUAACGCGCAUUCGCUUAAGCUCCAACGUAGUGAUCUCACAGUCAAGGGUAUUUCCCAGAUGUUUAUCGAUUGCCCCAACGACAGCACAAAGUAUGACAUUCUCUGCCGCCUGUAUGGCCUCAUGACCAUUGGACAGUCCGUCAUCUUCGUCAAGACUCGAGAGAGCGCCAAUGAGAUUCAGCGACGAAUGGUUGCAGACGGACACAAGGUCUCAGCUCUACACGCCGCCUUUGAUGGAAGUGAGCGAGACGAGCUUCUUUCCAAAUUCCGCAGCGGUGAGAGCAAAGUCCUGAUCGCUACCAAUGUUAUCGCUCGAGGUAUCGACGUAUCCAGCGUGUCCAUGGUCAUCAACUACGACAUCCCCAUGAAGGGACGAGGAGAUACCGAGCCUGAUACCGAGACAUACCUUCACCGAAUUGGACGAACCGGUCGUUUUGGCCGAGUCGGAGUCAGCAUCAGCUUUGUGUACGACAAGAAGAGCUAUGAUGCUCUUAGCUCCAUUGCCAACCAUUAUGGCAUUGACCUCGUGAAGCUCGACACCGACGACUGGGAUGACGCCGAGGAGCGUGUCAAGGAGGUGAUCAAGAAGAACCGAGCGCAAGCCGCGUAUGCACCCAGCGCAACCGACCCCCAGAAAACAGGAGCUGCUUAG